GGCGGAUGGCGGCGGCCGGGGCUGCGCGCGGCGCGCAGGGCGCCCCGGGGUGCUGGCGGCGCGGGCAGUGAGCGCAGCCAGCGCCGGGCGCCCCCGCGCGCGCCAUGGAGGAGCGCUCCGGCAGGCUGCUGCUGGCCCUGGUGAUGCUCUUCCUCUUCGCCGUGAUCGUGCUGCAGUACGUGUGCCCGGGCCCCGAGUGCCCGCUGCUGCGGCUGCACGCCUUCCGCCCCUCGCGGGCAGACCCCUACCGGGCGGAGGACGAGACCCCGGCCCGCUUCGUGCCCCGCUUCAACUUCUCCGCCCGCGACCUGCUGCGGCGGGUGGAUUUCAACAUCAAGGGCGACGACCUGAUCGUCUUCCUGCACAUCCAGAAGACCGGCGGCACCACCUUCGGCCGGCACCUGGUGCGCAACAUCCAGCUGGAGCAGCCCUGCGAGUGCAGGGCCGGCCAGAAGAAAUGCACCUGCCACCGGCCGGGCAAGCGCGAGACCUGGCUCUUCUCCCGCUUCUCCACCGGCUGGAGCUGUGGAUUGCACGCCGACUGGACCGAGCUCACCAACUGCGUCCCGGCCGUGGUGGACGGCAAGGCGGAAGGCAAGCGCAGACCCUCCAGGAACUUUUACUAUAUUACUAUCCUGCGCGACCCUGUGUCCCGAUAUUUGAGUGAAUGGAGACAUGUCCAGAGAGGAGCAACAUGGAAGGCUUCCUUACACGUGUGUGAUGGAAGAUCUCCAACUACUGAAGAGUUACCCAGUUGUUACACAGGGGACGACUGGUCAGGCUGUUCCCUUAAAGAAUUUAUGGAUUGUCCAUACAAUCUAGCCAAUAAUCGGCAGGUCCGCAUGCUGUCUGACCUGAGCUUGGUUGGAUGUUACAACUUGUCUGUCAUGCCAGAGGAGCAAAGAAACAAGGUUCUUCUAGACAGUGCAAAAGAGAACCUGAAACGUAUGGCUUUCUUUGGCCUUACGGAGUUUCAAAGGAAGACUCAGUAUCUGUUUGAAAAAACUUUUAACAUGAACUUCAUCGCGCCAUUCACACAGUAUAAUAGCACAAGGGCUUCUAGUGUGGAAAUAGAUGAGCAGACUCAAAAACACAUUGAGACCCUCAAUUUUUUAGACAUGGAGUUGUAUGAUUAUGCAAAAGACCUUUUUUUGCAAAGGUAUCAGUACAUGCGACAGAAAGAGCACCAAGAAGCCAGACGGAAGCGCCAAGAGCAACGGAAGAUGCUGAAGGCAAAACAAGCCCACAAUAAAGAACAGAGUGAUGAUAAUGCAACUACUGAUUACAUAGGGAAUGUGGAACGGUGGCGAUAAUGGGGACUGAAAUCUUUUAAGUUAGACUGGUUGAAUACCAUAAACACAAACCAUACAACUCCUAGACGACAAUGUUAGUCCAAACAAAUUACACUUCUUAAAUGUUUGACGCAAAAGAGGAUAAAAUGUUGCCUUUGCAGUUGCCUUUGCAUUACAUGUUGUACUGUACGUGGAAAACGUAACCUUACAGUGUAAUUAAAUUGUCCUUUUUAGGUUUGUUGGAUUAUUUAUGAAACACAAAAGCCAGGUGGGCUCUCCAGAAAUUGUUGCUUGGACACUGAAAAAAAAAAAUCCUUAAAUUAGUUCUGAGUAUCAAAUGUGGUGCUGGAAAUGUGAUGCGAUGCCCUGUUAAACCUGCCUCGGAAGCAAAUUGAUUUUCUAGUAAUGAGCGUUUAACACACGCACACAGUAAAGCAUCCUUGCAAAACCUUUCCUCUUGGAUUUUUUUAAAAUUUUAAUUAUGUAUUUCUAAGGCCCCCAACGGCUUGCGAUAUUUACCAAAUUACAAGACAGUGAAACAAA